AUGGAGAAAGACGGCCGCAUCGAUAAGCUGGAGAGCGAUGGCGCGCCUAGUCCUAGCGACGAAGAGAAGAAUAUCCCGCAAAUCGCCAAGGGACCUCUGGACGACAUCGAGGACCCAGACGAGGGCAAGUCCGAAGAAGAGCGCGCCGAGAUUCUUAUACCAUGGCUGACUUUGCUCUAUCUUGUCAGCUUUCUUGAUCGCACAAAUAUUGGCAAUGCCAAGAUCGAUGGCCUCAUUGACGACCUGCGCAUGAGCAGCGGCCAAUACCAAGCCGCUCUGUCGCUGUUCUUCGUCUCCUACGCUGGAUUUGAGCCUCUCACGAAUAUCCUCCUCAAGCGAUUACGGCCAUCGAUCUUCCUCCCAAUCAUCAUGGUACUCUGGGGAAUCGUUAUGACAUGUAUGGGUCUCGUACACGACUUUUCUGGUCUUGCAGCUUGUCGUUGGUUUCUAGGAAUGGCUGAGGCAGGCCUAUUUCCCGGAGUCAACUAUUACCUGUCCUGCUGGUACAGGAGAGGCGAAUUCGGCAUCCGAGCUGCCAUCUUCUUCUCGGCGGCCGCACUGGCCGGCUCCUUCGGCGGGCUUUUGGCGGCGGCCAUCGCGCAGAUGAGAGGUGUAGGAGGCAAGCCAGGAUGGGCUUGGAUUUUCAUUCUCGAAGGCCUCGCCACCGUCCUCAUCGGCAUAGCAAGCUACUGGAUGGUCCACGACUUCCCGGACGAAGCCAAGUUCCUCUCCGACGACGACCGCAAACGCGUGAUCCGCCGCCUGAAACUGGACGGACAAGCUAGCGCCAACCACGAGAAGUUCCAGAUGACUUACUUCUGGCAGUCCGUCAAGGACUGGAAGACCUGGGCUUUCGCUGUGAUCUAUAUGGGCAAUGACGGACCGCUUUACGCUUUCAGUUUGUUCAUUCCAACGAUCAUCAAGACUGGGUACCCGCAGUAUAGCAGUACCGUGGCGAAUUUGUUAUCGGUCCCGCCGUAUGCCGCGGCUGCGAUCUUGACGGUUGCGCUUGGUUUUAUUGCUGACAGGACGAGGGCUAGAGGGUGGUGUAAUAUCAUCACUUCUCUGCUUGCCAUUGCCGGCUUUGCGAUGCUGCUUGGCUCGCAAGAUCCCAAUAUGAAGUACGCUGGGACGUUCCUAGGAGCGCUGGGAAUUUACCCCACCAUCGCGAACACCAUCACCUGGUGCUCCAACAACACCGAAGGCGUCUACAAACGCGGCGUCACUCUGGGAUUCGUGAUCGGCUGGGGAAACCUCAACGGCGUGGUCUCGAGCAACGUCUACCCAACAUGGGCCUCUCCAGAGUUCACAUUCGGCCACGCCGUGAUCUUGGCGUACCUGACCGUUUUCUUGUUCGGCGGAAGCCUGUUCACGCAUUUUAUGCUGCAAUGGGAGAACAAGCAGAAGAAAGCUGGAAAGAGGGAUCAUCUCGUGGAGGGCAAGAGCGAGGAGGAGAUUUAUAUCUUGGGCGAUAGAAAGCCCGGCUUCAUCCAUACCGUUUGA